GGACAAUUUCUAGAAAACACACGAUCUAUCUAUCAUCCAACCACCAUCAUCCGUUGUCCAGAGCAUAGCGUGCGGCUCAAUAUAUGCCAUUUUACUGAGAAAAUUACCACGAAAACACCUGUUUCCAAGCCAUUUCUGAUCAAGUCUGCAUUCGCCUGACAAACAGCGCUGUGGUAGUGUGCGUGGCCAUCGUACACACGAUUUAGACUACGUCAUUCGACAAUGCCUCGAGAUGAGCGUCGUCGAAACGAUCGCGAGAGGUCUUCGAAUCGCGACAAAUCAUCCUCUCCGAUACCUUCGCCAUGUUCUGCUACCAUGGAUCGAGGAAGAUCUCGCAUCCGUAGGCCGUCUAAUCAAUUCACGGACCAUCACAUUAGAAAAAGGGGUUAUCAUUCGUUCAUGUCAUCCUUUGGAAAGGUAUUUCAUGUCGAGAAACGGUGGAAACUUGUGCGGGAGAUGGGUUCUGGAGCCUACGGCGUGGUCAUUUCUGCAGCGGAUGAAAUUUCUGGGCAGACAGUUGCAAUCAAAUUGGUAACACGAGUUUUCGAAAAGAUACAGCUGGCCAAAAGAGCGCUGAGGGAGAUCACACUCCUCAGACACUUUGCUAACCAUGAGAAUAUCACAGGAUUGAUUGACGUAGACGCAAUAACACCCGAUUUUCACGAAGUGUGCGUUCGUCUCAAUCUAACACCCGUGCUUAUUAAUUAUGCCACAUAGAUAUAUCUUCAUGGAGCCGAUGGAAGGCAUGUUCUUCUCUAGCUCUUGCUGACUUUCACCCAGGCAACUCAUAUAUCAUUCAGCCGACUUACACCAAAUAAUCAAGUCAGGCCAGCAUCUCACGAAUGAACACGUACAAUAUUUCCUCUACCAGAUCCUUCGAGGAUGAAGUACAUUCACACAGCCUC